AUGUCGCUUUCCCCAGAAGAACUGGCCCGUCUUCUCGCGGCGCCCGCCAUGCCGGCCCCGGACGGCGUCACGCCCAACUUCGAGAACCCACCGAAUCGGAACAGCUACGCGUGGGGGAUCACUACGGUGUGCAUGAUCAUUGCGACGUCGUGUCUGUGCUUGAGGUCGUAUGUCCGGCUCUGGUUGGACCGGAAAGUCCGCGUCGAAGAUGUCUUCGCGAUCUGCGCCUACGGCGCAUACUGGGGCACCGCAUAUGCGGGGUACGAGAUGAUACGGACCCCGGGGUACUAUGUUCAUGAGUGGAAUAUGACGAACGGGGACUUGAUUCGGCCUCUCUGGCUAAUCCUCGUUUACGGCUGCUGCUACUCGGCCGUCCUCCCGCUGAUCAAAACCGCCAUCCUGAUCGACUGGUGUCGGGUUUUUGUCCUGGUCGACCGCACCAAGAGCCUCUUCUGGUACGGCUGCAUGGCCAUUGUCGCCCUGCAAUGCAUCUGGGGCAUCCUGUGCAUCAUCCUGCUGAACAUGCAGUGUCGCCCGCACGAGGCCAUCUGGAACUUCUACGUGCCGAGCAAAUGCUACUCGCUGCCAGACGUGAUGCUGUGUUCGGCGAGCGUGCAGGUCGUCUCGGAUGUGAGCAUGUUUGUGCUCCCGCAGAGGCUGAUCUGGGGGUUGCAGAUGGGGUGGCAUAAGAAGUGUGGUGUUUCGGUUAUUUUUGGGGCUGGUAUACUCGCCUCCAUCGCCGCCAUCUUCCGCCUCGCACACACAAUCUCCUUCGCCACCGAAACCGACAAGAUGUACAUGAUCGGCCCGCUCCUCUUCUGGGCCUGCGCCGAGAUGACCUGCGGCUUCUUCAUCUUCAGCAUGCCCUGUCUGUCCAAGCUGCUGAUGGAGACGGGGCUCCGCCAUAAGUUGCGCUUCAGUAAUGGGUUCAAGUCGAUAAGUCUCCGGUCUGGGGCGUUGUCGGGGGGGUCGUCGAGCAAGAAAGGGAACGCGGAGAAGGGGGGAAUAAUAGGGGAGGGGUAG